UGAAGGGAACAAGAGGCCGGCUAAUUGAAGCAGAACCCUAGCCUUGGUGGUGAAUACGGAGCACACUCCUAGCUUGACCCCCGUAUAAAUCCCAUCCCAUCCACUCGAAUAGCACACAAACCUCUCAUUCCCUCACAUUUGACACUCAACAAAACUUAGAUACCAACCUUUAAGAAUCCAUCCAUGGCGGAGAAAGAAGGAGGAAUCGUCAAGAAAGGUCACGAGGAAGGCAUGAAGAUGGCAGUCUCAAUCCUCGCGGAGUUUGAGCUACCGCUUGGCCUCCUCCCCCUCGCUGAAGUUGUUGAGGUCGGGUUUGUGCGCAGCACGAGAUACAUGUGGAUUGUGCAGAAGAAGAAGGUGGAGCACUCGUUCAAGAUGGUGAGCAAGCUCGUGAAAUAUGACACCGACAUCACCGGCUACGUCGAAAAGAAGAGGAUCAAGAAGCUCAAGGGCGUCAAGGCCAAAGAGCUCAUUCUGUGGCCCCCAGUGAGCGAGAUCACCGUUGACGACCCACCAACCGGGAAAAUCCACUUCAAGAGCCUUGCCGGGAUCACCAAGACCUUACCAGUUGAGGCAUUCGCUGCGGGGCAGUGAAGGGAUCUGUUGGAGUUUCGAGCACUGAGUUGUGUUACAAAACUCAUUGUCAUAGAAGAAGAAAGAGCAAAGCAUGUGGCCAUGCGAGGCCAUAUAUUCCCUAUUACUGUCUCGAGUUUGGUUUCUGUUUUGUUCUGCGUAUUUUUCUUAUCAAGGAUUUGAUUAGUGUUCGUAACGGCUUUGUUUAUUGCACGUUCUUAUUUCGAUUGAUUA